AUGCUGUUUGCCGGCGCAUUAUCAUUAUUGUUCCUGCAGACUGCGGUUGCACAGCGCCAUGAUGCUGAUUUAAUGUCCUUUGUGACUCUCCCUGAGGUCCGCGCCUUGAAAUGGGAAGUCACUCAUCACGAUCGCACGAGAGCUGCUCCAGGUUACUGGUUUGUGGCACCUUACGGACAGAUUUCGCCAGAGAACCCCACACAAAAGUAUCAGCAGUACCAGGUUGGGCCCUAUAUCUACGAUAAUGAUGGUAUGCUUAUUUGGGCCGGUGCCCCAUUGUACGACAAUCGUAAUGUCUUCGACUUCAGGCCGGUUACCAACAUCGACGAAGAGACGCACCUUUCAUUUAUCGUGUCCUGGGCAAUCGACAACUCCGACAAGGGUAGCGGUGUGAUCGUGGAUAAAAAUUAUAAAGUGGAGAAGGAAGUGGGCGUCUUGAAUGACCUGCACGACUUCAACAUGCACGAGUUCAAUGUCCUACCGGGCGGGAAGACGGCCCUGGCGUGCACGUACCGCAGUCAGGAGAUCAACAUGGCGGAUUUCGGACGCCCGACGGAGCAGAGUUGGGUGGUAACGGGUGGCUUCGUGGAACUGGACGUGGAAACAAGCGAGGUGCUGGUACAAUGGGACUCCUUCGAUAAGAUUGCCCUGCAUGAAUCCAACAUGUUUCAUUCAUGGGAUGCGCCCGGCGGCUUUCCCGGUUGGGACUAUGUGCACAUCAAUGCCGUGGAUAAGAACGAAGCCGGCGACUACAUCAUCUCCCUCCGCUUCACCAACACGAUUUACGGUAUCUCGGGCGAGGAUGGCCAUAUUAUGUGGCGCCUCGGUGGUCUUGAGAGCGACUUUGACAUGGACUUUACUUUCUCAAAGCAGCACGAUGUGAAAUUCGUCUCGUCCAACGGCACACACCAUGUUAUUUCAUUCCUGAAUAAUGCCUCUGACGAGCGUGGCAACGACGAGAACAUGUCGGCUGCCCUGUUCGUCGAGAUGGAUACCAUUGCCAUGACUGCCCGCGUUAUCAAGCGCAUCAACCGCCCUGAUAGCAGUCUCACCCGCCUCCGCGGUAGCGUUCAGGUUCUUCCCAACGACAACGUUUUCAUCGGCUGGAGCGAGCGUGGGUACCAGAGUGAACACGCGCCAAACGGUGAUCUGCUAAUGACCGCCCGCUUCGUGUCCGAACGUUACUCGACCUACCGCGCCUACAAGGGCGAAUUCCUCGGCCGUCCGACCACCCUACCUGACCUUGUGGCUUCGGUGUAUGGUACCAGCGACGAGGACAUUACCACGCUGAUCCACGUCAGCUGGAACGGUGCCACCGAUGUGGCCGGAUGGAAGUUCUUCGCACAGGCAUACGACCGCGCCGACCCCGUGUUUAUCGGCCAGGCUAAUAAAACCGAUUUCGAGACCAUGUAUAUCGUUGACGGCUACAUGGACUGGAUCACCGCCGAAGCUAUUGACCAGAAUGGCGAUGUCAUGAGUGCUUCGCGGGUUAUGCGAAGCGAGAUCCCGAAGAACUGGAAGGCCGUUGGCUUUAUGGGCUCUGCCACGGGCCCCACGCCAGAUGACCCUUCGAUCAUCACGGCUGUCAACAAGGGCUCUACUUCGACCUCUUCUUCCAACGACAACACGGAUGCCACUGACAGUACCGAUGGCAUGGCCGGCAUGGUCAGUGAUAACACCGCAACAGGCUCUGGCUCGAGUUCUGACCACUCAACCUCUGCCUACGCCGAUGCCAAGGAAGUUGCCAAAGCCGUCUACAAGGCUUACGAAGUGAUCCGUGGCGUGGGAGGUCUCCUCAUCUUCAUCCUAAUCGCCUGCACUGUCGUCGGCGUAGUCGCCGGUGUAUACCGCUUGUUCAAGCGCCGCAAGAUGCGCUCUUACCAACACGUCCCCUCGGAAGAGGGCAUGCCCGUGGAAGAAAUUCACCUGCGCGUGCAUGCGCCAGAGUGA